AUGGCUACCCCCAGUGUCCUUACCUUUGAUGCUGAGGGUCGUGCGGUUGACUUUGAGGUCUGGGUCGAUGACCUCCAGCUGUUCCUACAGUGCGAUAGGGCAGACGGACUCUCUCUAUUUGAUCUCACCUCUGGUGUCUCUCCUGCCCCGCUUGCUACUGCUGACAGCACUGUUCGCUCACAGUGGGCCACACGCGAUGCUGCUGCCCGCCUUGCUGUGCGUCGCCACUUACCGACCACUGAGCGUGCGCACUUUAGCCAGUACAAGAGUGCUAAGACCUUGGGUGUACUCCCUCCCCCCUCUUGCCCUCUGUUGCUUCUGCUGCUGCGGCCGGCCUCGUUGGUUUCGAGUCGGUCGGCGCUGCGUCUGCCCCUAGCGGGAGACGCAACACCGGCAAAGGCAAGGGGGGCAAGGGCGCUGGAGGGGCUGGCGGGGGCGGUGGAGGUGGUGGUGGAAGCAGUGGGGGGGGUGGGGGUGGUGGUGGGAGUGGUGGCGGGGGUGGAGGUGUCGGUGGCAGCAGUGGAGGCGGUGGAGGCGGCGGCGGUGGCGGAGGGAGCGGAGGCGGCGGAGGUGGCGGAGGCGGCGGAGGUGGCGGAUGCGGCGGAGGUGGCGGAGGCGGCGGCGGCAGCGGUGGAGCUGGUCGCGGCUCUGCGCCGAGGAGUGGCUCCGGUGGUGGUCCGCGCCAGCAGUAGCAGCGCAGUCGUGAGACCCUGUCCCCUCAGCAGCUUCGUGAGUGGUACGCUGCGCGUCAGCGCGUACCUGUGUGUUCCGCCUGACCCGGGCAUUGAGGCUGCUGCUCUAGGUGCUGGUGAGGCUGCUGCUCUAGGUGCUAGUGCGUGUGCUGCCCCAGGUGCUGGUGAGUCUGCUCUCUCAGGUACUACGUCGGCUUCGGCCUUACACACCUUCACCGUUGACUUGGGUGCUUCCCGCUCCUUCUUUCGAGACCGCACCACGCUUACGCCACUUAGUCGGCCGGUUGCAAUCUCCCUGGCGGACCCCUCUGGGGGUCCUGUCCGUGCUAGCUUCUCCACUGUCUUACCGUGCCCGGCAACCCCCUCUGGCACCCUGUUCGGUCUCUACCUCCCCUCGUUCUCUACGAACUUGGUAGCUGCGUCGAGUCAGGUGUUUGCUGCAGCGUCCAGGUCUGGUCCCUGCUCGUGUCGUCUCCUGUCCCACCAGACUCUCCACUGGCACCACCGCCUUGGUCACCCCUCCCUGCCUCGUCUCCGAGGCAUGGCCUCGCGUGUCCUUGUCUCUGGUCUCCCCCGGUCCCUCCCUCCCCUUCCCCCGGGGCCUGCCCCUACCUGCGUUCCCUGCGUCGAGGGGCGGCAGCGCGCCGCUUAUACCAUAUAG